CCACCCACAGGCCACAUCAGUUUGAAAUUCAAACUAAAACAAUGAGAAGGACGAUCUUUAAGGGUCACACCAUCAGCUUAAAAUCUCUAACAAUCAAGAAUUGCUUGAACUGCGACCAUGUCAAGGUCAAUUUCUCCACGUCCGAUGAUGUCCAUGUGAUUGUCUACAAUGUGGUCAAGGGCCUGGAAAGGGAUGUGCCAGCUGUGACUCCAGUGGCCCAGGCCAUUCUGCUCCUUUGCACCCUCACCUAUCCGGAUGACGCUAGUUUGGCCAAACUUAGGAGUUGCCUUGACUUAAAGCAGGGUUCGGUUUCCCUGACCUUCGAUAGGCUGGCACUGAACUCGGAUGGGGAAGCUAGGAGGAAGCCACAACAGGAUCAGCCGGUAGUGGAUGACCCAGAAAGCGAUUUGGACACGGAACCCUGCACCUCAAAGCAGGCCGCGGAGCGUCAAAAGUUGCGGGAGGAGCGCAAGGCCAAGAGAGCGGCUGAAGCAAAGCGCACCCGUGGUGGCGGUUUCUUCUUCCCCCUCCGUUCCCAAGACAUCCAGGUGACUGUUACUCGUCGCUUUGACAUCUUAUCCCCCCAGGACACCGUUUUCGUUGAGAUCAACGGCGAAAUGGAUGAAAUGUACAUCAAGCACUUCCACAAGGAUUACUUUCAACGCUCGCAGCAUACCUUUGAGUACCUAAGGGUUCUCCACGAAAGGUGCGCCGGCAACUGGCUGCAGGUUAUCCAGUGCGACAGUGAUCCAUACGGUCGCAUUAAGGAUCCGGACGGCCCCUUUGAGAGCUUCGUCAAGCUCUUUGAUCGCGAGGCCAUGGAGCCACAGGAUGUGAUCUGCCGUAUGGCCACCAAGUGCCUGGAGGUGAACGAGGCGGUGCGCCUAACCGAGCGCAGUUUUGUGCUGAACGUCUUCAACCAGGUUCGCCAUAUCUUUGAGUACAUUACGGUCAACGAGUACACUGUUUGGUUUUUGGUUCCCUACCGAAAGGUUUCCGCAGAGCAGCCGGUGAACCUCGAUACUUUCGAUUUGACCAAAGUGCGCACUUGUAUACGUGCUGUCGGCGACAAGGGCAAUAUUUUCUGGAACUAUACCAAUCACAAUAUCAAGGAUAUACUUAUGGUGUCCUUCCAGAUGGCCUUGGCCUCGCAAGCCAACCAGUCGGUGUUGAUUAUGAGUCACAUGGAAACGCUUUCUGAAUUUGUUACUAUGCAGUAUGUGACUGCCAGCUUUAUGAACGAUGUCUAUUGCCAGAAGCCCUCGAGUCCUAAAUGGUAUUGCCAUCGCUACCUGCAGCGCAUCGUAGACAUGUCCUUGUUCAUGGGCACAAUUGUCAUUAUCGAGUAUCCCAGUGCCUUUACCCUGCUGAAGGGCGGUCGCAAGUUGAUCAAGUGCUUCCCGAAACCGAAAAAGGGUGGUGGCCUCUCAUGGGAGAUAUUCGAGGGGGUGGUGAGGGACAAUGAGUCCGAUAUACAGUUAAUCAAGAAUAAGGUCAGGAUAAACUAACUAACUGACACAUUAAUCUAUUAGGUAAGGCAAUAUUAAGACCACGAACACGACAUCCAUUUAGCCUCGCUCCAAAAAAAUGCAUUUUUCCUGCCGCAAAUAUUUCCCUGCUCAUUUUCUAAUUACGCGUGCUGGCAAACUCAUUCUUCAGCUCCAUUUCAAUUAGGGUUUUGCCGGCUGUCAGUUUGAAUGCCACUGGCGUAGGAGUCGAGGGUCUUUGCCGGCGAAGCUCCACUAAAACCGGCAACUACAAUGGCUGUCAGACAAGAGGCACGCGUCAUUUGCCAGAGCGAAAUGCAUUUUGCACAAAACCAAGACCAUUUUUAGCUAAAAUCACCCGGCGACGAAC